CAAAGAACGAAGAAUCGACAGACCAAUUCGGGCGCGGGCAUGGACGGCUACGCGGCACCCCGCGAUGCGGCCAAGGAAAGCGCGAUGCUUUGCCGCGUCCUGUCAGCAGACCUUAGCGCCAGCGACCUCGCGGAGCUGGCGGCGGAUCUGGAUGCGGAGUCCAAGCCGAGAUUGCUCGACGUAGAGAACGUGGAGCGCGUGCUCAUGGCCAAGCUGUCGGCGAGAGCGCCGCUGGCUGAGAAGCUCAAGUACCUCCGGGAGUGUUCGAGGACAUGCGAGGAGGUGCGGCGUGAUGCCAGAUAUCCUCAGCCCGUGAUGCAGCAGCUGCCCAAGGUGCAUCAAAUGAUCGGAAACUACGGUGCCUUGAGCAUGACCUGUGCCGAGCUCUUUGGUCACGACACCCCGGCGCCGGAGCAGGCGAGCGCCUGCCUGCAGUCCAUGCACGAGCGCCGGGAGCUGACCAUCUUCUUGCUGGAUGCCAUGGCCUCCGCCAUGGAGGAGCCCGAGCAGCUCGCGGCGAUCUUCGGGCCCUUCCUCGACCAGGCCUGCGCUCGCCUCAAGGGCCGCAACCUGGUGGAUCAGAAGCUGGAGGAGUUCCGGCUCAUUGCGGACGUCAGCGCGACAAAGGGCCCGCUGGCGAAGCUGCUGGUGACGCUGCCGGCCUUCCGCCCCAGCGCCGCGCCGGCAGCUCCCAAUCCCCUGCUCGGGAUGAUGGCAGGCGCUUCCGGCAGCAUGCCGCAACCUGGCAUGGGCUGGAGGCUCCAAAGCGACAGCCUUCUGGGCUGGAUCUUGUCUCCGACCUGCAUCGACUCAGCUCUCUACAAGGAGCAGAGCGCCCGCGCGGUGCACUUCGCGCGCCUGGGCAGCCGCAGCCGCGCGUCGGUGGAGUCGGUUCAACGGCUGCUGCGGGACACCGUGCAGGAGGUGCUGCGCCAGGGCAGCAGCGUGAUCGCCCCGCUGCUCCGGGCCGGCGAGGCCACGCGGAACGCGGUGGUGGCGUGGUUUGCUGCUCUGGUCACCGGAUCUCAAGCCAGGACCAAGAGCGCGAACUUGAUGGACCAGGGCCAAGGCCCGCAGGGCUUCAUGAGCAUGCUGCAGAGCUCGCCAAUGCCGUUUGACAUGCAGCUGCAAAUGCAGAUCAUGAAGGCUCAGACCUCGGGCUAUGCCACCUCCGGCCUUUGCGUCAACAGUUUCUGGGCCAUCCUGGAAUUGGUGAAGCCCAUCAAGUUGGCGCAGGUGAGCACCUUGGAGCCCUUCUAUCUGCUGAGGGAGGGUGCCCAUGACCGGGAGGUCAUCGGGGGCUUUCUGGAGGAGCCCCGCUUCGGGGACACGGAGGAGGUGGAGAAGGCCCGAGAGGUGGCGGCCAAGCAUCUGGCGGAAGCCUCCAAGUUUCCGACCCAGAUCUUCUGGCUCGCCCUGCGAGCGUUUCACGUGCUCCUAGUGCCCGUGAUGAAGGAGAACUUGUGCAUGGUGGUGGCCGCCAGCUACUUUCAUGGCAAGAACAUGCAGACCAUGGAGACAGCCAUGGGAGAACACCUGGUACACGAAGCAAUCCUCGGCAGCAGCAGCUUCCUAGGGGACUUGGGCGCCUUCCUGAACCUGGCCAUGGCCUUCUUUCUGUGCGCUGCCCUGCCUGACAAGGCUGCAGACAUCUUGGGCGGCAAGGUCCAAGGCUCCGUGCUGACCGACGAGGUGUCACCGCAGUGGCUGGUUCUGCCCUCGUGCAUCCUGGAGGACAUCAUUGAGGUCCUUGAGAUCCUCAUCAGCAUCCACUCGGGCAAAGGCCAACCGGAGCUCUUCCUGCACCUGGACGCCACGCUGCUGCUCUUCCUCAUCACCUUCAUCCUGGGCAGCGGGCACCACGUGAAGAACCCCAACCUCCGGGGGAAGGCGGCGACCAUCAUGAAAGGCUUGACUGCGCAAUCGAACUUCCGGCACCUGGUGGAAAAUUCGCCGGUCCUGGCAAAUGACAUCGUGCCAGGGUGCAUCCGUGUCUUCACGGCAGUGGAGAAGACCAAGCAGUCGUUCUACGACAUUCGGAUGCAGCUGAAGUACCAGCUCCGCAUUCCCAUCAUGGAGCUCUUCGAGCGAGUGCUGCCGCUAGAGGCGCACCAGAAGGCCCUGAAGAGCUUUGCCACGGAGAACCCGGAUGAGUUCCUCAAGUUCUUGAACAAUCUGAUGAACGAUGCCACCAUGCAGUUGGAAGAGGGCAUGGACACGCUCAUCGAGAUUCGGCGGCUCAGCAGGGAGGGAAAGGAGGUGGAGCUUUCACGGCCAGCGCCCUCGAGUGUGGCGGAGGAUGAGCAGACCACCGAAGGCGCCGACCUUUAUGCCCGCAGCAGGGCGGAUCCCAAGGCCCACUGCAAGCAGUACAUGCAAAUGGGCCAUCGGACCAUCAGCACUCUGUGGAGCAUCAGCCGGGAGGCGCCAAUGGUGGUCACCAGCAAGCUGAACGUUCUGCAGCAGUUGCUGCACAACUGCCUGAACUCCUGCCUGGAUCGCCUGGUUGGCCCGCGCUGCCUGGAGCUCAAAGCGCCGCAGAAGGGCCAGGCCAAUGACUUCGAAGAGUACAGCUUUAAGCCAAAGGAGCUUUUGCAAAUGAUCGCAGAGAUGUACAUCUUCGUGGCGCGGGCAGACAGGGAGAAGGUGCAAAAGAUGAUCACUGAAGAUGGGCGGAGUUACCAGCCAAAGACCUUUCAGAAGGCCGUCUCCAUCCUGAGGCGCGAGCAGAUGAUCGCCGCCGACUUGCUGAAGGAGUUUUCGGACUUCGUCCAGGAGCUGAACGCCCUGGCUGAGAGCCAAGAGGCGGCCCUGGCCAACGUCACCGUGCCGGACGAAUUCCUGGACCCCAUCAUGUCAGACAUCAUGGUGGAUCCAGUCCUUUUGCCCACCUCCAACACCAUCAUGGACAGGAAGGUCAUCGAAAGGCACAUCAUGUCCAACGACGAUGACCCUUUCAACCGGAAGCCUUUGGCCGUCAAGGACCUGGUGCCUCAGACGGAGCUGAGGGAGCAGAUCGUGCAGUUCUGCAAAGCGAAUGGCAUUGUGCUGGGCGAGGGCGACUGAAGCUGGCGAUUGGAAGAUGGAGGUGUCCAAUGACGUCCAGCCAGUUCAGCUGAUGCAGCGGCAUGCGCCAAAGUUGUUUCUAGAGUCACCGCUCGCUUCCUCUACUUGCUAGUGCUCAGUAGGGAAUGACCGAGUCCGGGUGUUGGGAAUGAGCCGGUUUUGGG